AUGGGUUUUAACCUUCUUGCUUUGUUCUUUCUAUUGGUGAUAGCGACCUCAGCUACCACCACCACACCGGUGAUAGAACCCACUCCGUCCACCAUCGUGGAUAUUCUUUCAUCAAAUGUGGAAUUUUCUUACUUUUUGAGGAUCUUACAGAAAAAUGGUUUGAUACCUAUAAUAAACCAACUACAAAACAUAACAUUAUUAGCCCCUGUGAAUCUGGCUUUCACUAACAGUCAGCUUGAGAUUACUAAUGAUCAUGACGAACUCAUGAGGUAUGUAUUAAACCAGAAGUUUCGUGUGGGUUGGAUGGACGAAAAAUCAGCCGUGUUUGAAUCUUUAUACACAAUUAAAGGCAAACCAUAUCCAGUUAUAAUAUCCCCAAACUUCGAGGAUGAAGUAUUUGAGGUUGACCACAGAGCUACUAUUGUGGAACCAGAUAUCUAUGCCAAACAUCAAUGGUCAUUUAUUCAAGGAAUCGAUGCACAAUUACCUUUGAAACCCAGUAUGUGUGAUAUUCUUUUAGGUAAGACCAAUACUACCGAUAUCACAUUCAUACAACUGUUGUUUCAGCUGUUAUUUCAUCAAUCCAAAGCUUCCUUAAUACCUCAGAGUAAGAAAAAACAUCAUACCAAACCACCUAAGCUUCCUUUAAGUUGUGAGGAAUAUCUUAACACCACAUCCACCAUCUUCAUUCCUGAUGAUGAAACGGUAUUUAAUUCCAUGUCCAACAUGACAAGAAGAUACUAUUCUGCAUUAUAUCAUACUAUCAAUGGUAACAGGUUCACAUCCACUGAUAAAUCCAUCCUCGAGAUCAAACACGAUAUUGUUAAUUUACUUGAUAAUUUGAUAUUUCCUGAAUACAUUUCCCCUUCAAACACCACCAAACAUCAUUAUAAGAGUAAGAGUGGUCUUGAAUUUAAGCUAGCAGGUCAUUUCAAUGAAUUAUCCGUUAAUAGUAAAGUCAAUUCCUCACAUAUGGUUUCAGCCAAUGACGGAGGAAUUUAUGUUUUUGGCAACAAAGAUUUUUUCAAUCAUUUGAAUAUUCCUUUGGUUGAUAUGAUCCCUAGGAAAUCACUAUAUGCAUUACAUUAUUCUAAUCUUGUCAACGAGUUGGAAUUUCGUUCCUUAGAAUAUUUGAUUGAUGGCUCAUCUUCUAAUCAAACAAUUCUUCUAAGUUUCGAUCAAAGGGAUGAUGUCGAAGACAAUGAAGCUUACGUAUAUGAAAAAGAUAUGUCUAUCACUGGAUUCAGCUCAAAACAAUCAUUGAUGUAUCAGUUCAUUGAUGAACGGAUCAAUAUUACAAACAAUAUUGGUAAUGGAACUUUUUAUAAACUUGCAGAUACCUGUUUAUGUUCGGAGAAAAAAAUCAAUGGAUGUUUCAAGAUCAAAUUAUCGUCGUCAAAUUAUCCUCUAGAGUCAAGAGUCAACGAUGAUAUUAAAAUCAAAUCUGAUGCUCUUGCUGUGGGUAACGAUAGUAUAGCUUAUAUUGUCGACAAGUCUAUUGAUACCCCCAGUAAUUUGAAGCAUUCUUUAGCUGAUUUGUUAUCAUCUGGAGCUAUACAAAGGCAUUUGGAACAUAUCAAAAUUGAUCAGAAAGAAUGCUUGAAAACCAUUCAAUAUCUUAAUGACUUUGACUUACUUGCUUUGAAAGAAAAUAAGUUGGGUUAUUCUGCAUUUUUGCCAUGUGGUAAACCUUUCAAUGAUGAUGUAGGGUUGAAAACCGUGGGAAAUUGGGAAAGUCUAGGACUAGUUUUGAAUUACUUAGAAAAAAAUCCUAAAGUCUUCCAUAAUCUUUUAAAGGGAAUAUUUGUUGAAGGAACGAUUUAUUCGGAUUUUUCAUUAUCUGAAGACGAAGAUGGUCAUUUUCAAACAUUGAGAGGAGAUAACGUCAUAAUAAAAGAAGGUCCCAUGGAUGAUAAGUAUAAUCAUUUCGUGAAGAUCAACGAUACCGUGGUAUCUUUACCUUUAAAUUCCGACAUUUUAUUCAAUCAAGGUGUUAUUCAUAUUGUAAACAAGUUGCUUUUACCAGCUGAUUUCGAAGUUUCAUUCAUUGACUUGAUAAAAUCCACUGAAGAUGAUGGUUUGAGUUUCUUAUCAUUAAUCGAGAAAUUCCCCUUAUUGGAAGAUUUCCUCUUCAACUCCAAUAAUUAUUCCUUAUUAGUACCCACGCCAGAAUCCAUGAGUCUUUACAAUAUCACCACAUCAAUGGAGAAUCUUUGGGAAUUCAUGGAAAUGCAUAUAAUCCCCAAUGAAGAGUUACCUAAAUUAAUCAAUUGUAUGGAAGAUCAAGAUAAUGAAAGUUUGAAUAAAACAAGUACUGGCUACUUAAUUGGAUCCAACCAUACAAAUUUGAAAUUCUCUUGUAAGAAGAACAAGAAUGGUAGAGUUAUUUUCGAUGUUACUGAUAAUUCAGGUAGUAAAUUAUCUCAUAAAAUCAAGGUUUUAUCUCAUGGAUGUGUAUCAUUUGCCGAAGAUUCUCCUUGUGUGUUUUUGAUCGAUAGACCAAUCAACCCCUCUUGGUUAGAUAGAGGGUUCCUCCAUGUUCACUUAGGUUUCGUCAGUGUGGGAAUUGGUGUCAUUCUUGGACUUAUAUUGUUCUCUUUCUUGAUCUUCCUCAUAAUGUUUUGUCUUGGUGGAUCCAAUGACAAACUUAAAGUUCCACCCAAUCCCUUUGACGUUGAAGCUCCUGAAAGUUUCAUGGAUAUUGGUCUGAGUGAUCAUGGUCCAAGUAAUUGGGAUAGAGGUUAUGAGACCGAUGAUGAAAAUGCUCCUUUCAUGGCUCAAAAUGGUUAUGGUACUAUCGAAAGAGGUCCGCCCAAACCUAUGUCCAUUAAACAAAAGGGUAAUCUCCAUAGAUCUAGGAAUUUACCUGUCUAA